UCCUCCCCCUCCCGCCCGGCCUUUCAGACUUUCCUCUGCGCCUUGCAGGCACCGCCGUGGCCCCGCGGCCCCGCACCCCACGCGCUGGGCAGGAAAGGGCUGCCGGGAAGUAGGGGGGCUCUUUUUGGGGGGGCUCCUCCGCUCCGCCGUGCCCGGAGGUCCGUGGCAAAGGCUGCCACUGCUUGGCAGCCGGCCAGGCCUGCCGCGGAGCUGGCCCGGCGCCGGCGGCGUCGGCGCGGGGACGGCUCGGGGCUUCCCGCACCAGCCCCUCGGCGGUGCUGGGCUCUUGGCUCCCAGCCCCCGGCCCUGCCCUUGCGGACGUUUCAGUCCUCUACGUCGAGGGUUUUCUCUCGAAUCGAGCUGGGACUAUUGCAACCGGCUCUUCCUGCCCGCGGUUUGCCCUCUCUUCUCCGGCCUGGCCCUGCUCCGGUGAACUUGCAGCUUGGCAAUUCCCUCGGACGCCGAAGGCAAGGAUGAACCCCUACGCGGGGCUGGUGAGCCGCCUGCGGGCAGCCUGGCUCUCGGGGAAGACACGGCCCAUGGCGUACCGCGUGGCCCAACUGGAGGCCCUGGGCCGCUUCCUGGAUGAGAAGAAGCAGGACAUCCUGGACGCCCUGGCCUCUGACAUGUGCAAGCCUCCCUUUGAAGUGGAGAUCUCCGAGAUCUCCAUUUGCAGGAGUGAGCUCAACCAUGCACUGAACAACCUGGGCACCUGGAUGAAGGAUGAACAUGUGGAGAAGAACUGGGCGAUGCAGCUGGACUCAGCCUUCAUCCGCAAGGACCCCUAUGGGGUGGUGCUCAUCAUUGGGCCCUGGAAUUACCCCAUCAACCUCCUCCUGGUGCCCCUCAUUGGGGCCAUCGCUGCGGGUAACUGUGUUGUCAUGAAACCAUCCGAGAUCAGCAAGGAUGUGGAGAAGUUAGUGGCUGAGACGCUGCCCAGCUAUUUGGACGAGGACUGCUUUGCUGUGGUGACAGCUGGCGUGGAAGAGACCACCAAACUGCUGGAGAACAAAUUUGACUACAUCUUCUUCACUGGCAGCCCCUCCGUGGGCAGGAUUGUUAUGACAGCCGCUGCCAAGCACCUGACACCGGUGACGCUGGAGCUGGGGGGCAAGAACCCCUGCUACGUGUCUGACAGCUGUGAGGUGCAGAAUGUGGCCAGACGAGUGGCCUGGGGGCGCUUCUUCAACGCAGGGCAGACCUGUGUGGCACCCGACUACAUACUCUGCAGUGUGGAGAUGCAAGAGAAGCUGCUGCCUGCCCUGCGCGAGGCCAUUACCGAGUUUUAUGGCCCCAACCCCCAGGAGUCCCCUGACUUUGCCCGUAUUGUGGGGGACAAGCAAUUCCAGCGUGUGCAGGCUCUGCUGAGCAGUGGGCACGCAGCCAUUGGAGGGCAGACGGAUGAGAAGGAACGCUACAUCGCUCCCACGGUGCUGGUGGACGUGCAGCCAGAGGACCCCAUCAUGCAGGAGGAGAUCUUUGGGCCCAUCCUGCCCAUCCUCACCGUGGCCAACGUGGACGAAGCCAUUGCCUUCAUCAAUGCCCGGGAGCGGCCACUGGCCCUCUACGCCUUCUCCUCUUGCAAGAAGGUGCUGAGGCAGGUGCUGGAGCAGACCAGCAGCGGCGGCUUCUGCGCCAAUGACACCGUGAUGCACAUGACGCUCACUUCGCUGCCCUUCGGCGGCAUCGGGCACAGUGGCCUGGGCCGCUACCACGGCCGCUUCACCUUCGAGGCCUUCUCGCACCAGCGCUCCGCACUGCUUCGCGGCACCGGCCGGGAGGCCCUCAACAACCUGCGCUACCCGCCCUACAGCCCGCGCCGCCUCCCGCUGCUCCGCGCCGCCACCGAGACCAGGCGCGCCGCCGCCUGCGUCCUCCUCUGACCCACCUGCAAUAAAGAGCCGCCGCGCCCGA